AGGCAAGACGCCGAAGGAUGUGAGCGGGGAUGCGGGUGUUUUGCAGCGGUGGGAUCGUCGAUACAGCUCCAGCGCGGGGUGUGAAUUCAGCACCGAGGGAGAGGGAACAGCUCCCGACGCCGCAGCGCGCGGCGCGACCGGACGAGAAAAAGGCACGGAUUUGUUGGUUUUUUUCCAGCCAAGGUCAGUCUUAAAACGAACUGAAAACUGCUAAAAAAAAAAGAAAAAGAAAAAGGAAGAACGACAGAUGUGCUGGACUCGACUGUCGCUCGCUGUUUUUUUUCAUCGUAAAUACGCGGAGGCUCCGAGGAUUCGGUUUAUGUGAAAGAGACGUUUAUGUGGCCGUUUUCGAACUGGAAGUCUGGAAACAAGUGCAGGUUAGACGCAGCAUGGAUCGGUUAUAAAAGCAUGUCUUAUCUUCCCCCUAAAUGCUUAUAUCUCGCCCAUUCUUUUUUUCUUCUUCUUCUUGAUGUAGACUGAAUUCACAGCUCGUAUGACUUGAAACCAGGAAUGAAUUGUCCACGUUGAAAAAUGCUGCUUUGGAUUGUUCUGCUGAAUGCGGCUCUUUGUGUUGCCAGUAGAAAUGUUACAAGGGACAUUUGUAAGGAGCAGAUAUGCUCCUGCAACGAUGUGGAGGGAGAUCUGCACAUAGACUGCGAAAAAAAGAGCUUCACCACUCUGCAGCAUCUGACUGGCCCGAGCUCGCAGUUUUAUCACUUGCUUCUGCACGGGAAUUCUCUAUCCAGGCUUUUCCCAAACGAGUUCGCCAACUUUUACAAUGCCGUGAGCCUGCAUUUGGAAAACAAUGGCUUGCACGACAUUGUUCCCGGUGCCUUCCUGGGACUGCAGCUGGUGAAGAGGCUGCACAUCAAUAACAAUAAGAUCCGAUCGUUCAGGAAGAGUACGUUUCUUGGGUUAGACGACUUGGAAUAUCUCCAAGCUGAUUUUAAUCUAUUGAGGGAUAUCGACCCCGCCGUUUUCAGGGACUUAAAUAAACUUGAAGUGUUGAUACUCAACGACAACCUCAUCAGUGCGCUACCUAUAAACGUGUUUCAACAUGUGCCCAUUACGCAUCUCGACCUGCGGGGGAACCGAAUCAAAACGGUGCCUUAUGAGGGGGUCCUCGAACAAAUACCGGGCAUUGCGGAGGUUUUGUUGGAGGACAACCCAUGGGACUGUAACUGCGACCUGGUUUCUCUGAAGGAAUGGCUGGAGAACAUACCGCAUAACGCGCUUAUCGGCAGGGUGGUAUGCGAGGCUCCCACCAGGCUGCAAGGGAGCGACCUGAACGAGACGUCGGAGGUGGACAUGUGCCCCUCGCAGAGCGGCAGCGUGGACACCAGCCUGGUCGCCCCUCCCACCCAGGAGGAGACCUCCGAGGCCGCGGCCCGCGACCCGCGCCCGACGCCCCACAAGCCCAGCAGAGACACCAGCGGGCCUCCGACGCCCGGCAGCCACGGGCCCAAGAGCCGCUCCAAAUCUCGUGAGAACUGGCAGCUGAAGACGAGGCCCACUCCGUUGCUGACAGGUGUGAACGGGGACGGGGAGCUACUGCACAACGUGACGUGCCCCCUGCCGUGCAACUGCAAGCUGGUCGGCUCCAGACAGGGACUGGGGGUCAACUGCGAGGGAAAAAAGAUCGAGAACUUGUCCAACCUCAAACCCAAGCCCCUGGCUGCGCACGAAUUGAACAUGAGAGAAAACAACAUACACGCCGUGAAAAAGAACCAGCUGCUCGGCUACUCCAGCCUCAACCUGCUGGAUCUGGGUGGGAACAACAUCAAGAUGAUUGACAACAGCACCUUCCAAAAUCAGAGCGAGCUGAGGUGGCUGUAUAUGGAUAAGAACUAUCUGGAUACGCUGAUGGCAGAGAUGUUCGUGGGCCUCGUGAAUCUGGAAUACCUCAGUUUGGAAUACAACGACAUCCAGCUUAUAGUGGCGGGUGCAUUCAGCCCAAUGCCGAACCUGAGGGUUCUGUUCCUCAACAACAACUUGCUGAAAUCAUUACCCGUGGAUGCUUUCCUUGGGAUUUCUCUGUCCAAAAUUAGUCUGCAUAAUAAUUAUUUCCCCUAUCUCCCUGUGGUCGGAGUGCUGGACCAGCUCAGUUCAAUCAUACAGAUCGAUUUGCACGGGAACCCGUGGGAUUGCUCGUGCAACAUCGUGCCCUUCAAGCAGUGGACGGAGAAACUCGCGGCCGACGUGAUCGUGAGCGAUCUCAAGUGCGAGUCGCCCGAAGAGUUUUGGAAACGAGAUUUCCGCCACGUCCGGAACGACCUCAUGUGCCCCAAACUCUACGACAAGGUGUCCCCCACCCCGCUGUCCAAAAACAGCACUUUCACCCUGGACUCGGGGACGCGCUCGAACUCUUAUUUGGAGCCAAACAGGGUCUCCAUCUCGGUGCUCGUCCCCGGGCUGCUGCUGGUGUUUGUCACGUCCGCGUUCACUGUCGUGGGGAUGCUUGUGUUCAUCCUGCGGAACCGAAAGCGAUCGAAGCGGAGGGAGGGCAACUCGUCCGCCUCGGAGAUCAAUUCCUUACAGACAGUGUGCGAUUCGUCUUAUUGGCACAGCGGGUCGUAUCACGCAGACGGGGGCGCGCACCGUGGCUUCGACUGCACCACGCACCUGUCCACGACAAACGACGCGUAAAGGGGACCCGGCGGCGGUCUUGUACAAUACACCCGGACCAGACUGGAUUACAAACAGUCCCACAGACAGACGCACAUACAUGACUGAAAACGGCCAGAAACCACCCGCUUCUGUUCGUCCUAUAGGCGAACACAGACUUGUUUAUGUCUUGUUUUCUCCAGUUGAACCAAGUAAGUCAGUCUGCUUCUGCACAGGCCCAACUCUGUAAUAUAUGUAUAUGCCAAGUCCCCCGCCCCCCUGGUUUAAAACCCCUCCUUCCUUCCUCCCUCCUCCCAGUUCUGCUAUUUGCCGCAAUCGGACUACGGAUCUGUACGAGCCAGAAAAUAGGGAGAAAAAGGAGCGUGGGAGAGGGCGUGUGUGUGUGUGUGUGUGUGUGUGUGUGUGUGUGAGAGAGAGAGAGAGAGAGAGAGAGAGAGAGCGAAGACCCAGGGAAUGGUGCACGAACGCAUGAAUGUAAAUGUAAAUACUCGGACCGAUGUAUCAUAAUCUGCAUGAUGAUAUUUCGCAUGGUUUCAACACACACACGACGGCGAGGAACCAUAACCACCUUAACCAACAAAGAAACAAACUCGACUCUUUCAUGUUAUAUCAAUAUGACGACAAUAUAUAGAUAUUAAGAAUUAUAUAUGACUAUUACAAAGUGCCAUUUCUCUAUUUUUCGUGAACCUGCGGUUAGGAUUUGUAUUUGUUGUUUUAAACUUGUUUGGACAAAAGAAAGAAGAAAAAAAAAUCAAUUGGGGAUUCAUGAUGACUAUCAGAAAGAAGUGAUGGACAUGACGCUGUCGGUGCAUGUUAUUUUCUGUUUGUUAUCAUUUGAUUGUCGAUAAAUAUUGGAGUUAUUUAUACCGUACUAUGUGCAGAUUAAAUCCAUGUCUGCGCAGUCAUCAUCUCCUUUAUGAAUGUAAACUGUGUUAUUUUAUGGUGUGCCAAUUGUUGACUUUCAGAUAUUCAGACAUGCAGAUGAGCAUGACCAAUUAACGUCACUCUGAUGCUUCUGCUGCAAAGUUAAUGUAGCUAAAAUAACAGUUCUGUGGUUUUGUGUGUCAAUGAAUAUAGCCUGCUUUGGGUGAGAGGAUGACAAAAAGAACAAAAAGGUCAUUUAAACGGGGGGUUUCUACCAUCAUAUUUUUUCAACAACUGAGCAAAGAAUUGAGCUAUGUAGGUAUAAUUCGAUCUAUGUAAACAGCGCAGGUAGACUGAUUUAGAAUAGAAUGCUUUUUUUAAUGUCAGAAAAAGAAGUAUUCCUUAACAUGAAAAGCUUAUGGCUAUGAUUCACCUUCAUCCUAUUGUGAGCUUUUGUAAAGCCAUCUAAUCUUGUCCAAAUAAGAGAACUGAAACUCACUGUAUUUACUACAAAAUGUGCUUGAAACCGUCUGUUUUGGGACUGGGGGGGAGAGGGGGGUGGGAAGGGUCAUUGCUUUCUAUCAAACUGGGGCCAUGCUAGAACUCAGCAUGUGGCCUGGUCAAUAGAGACGCAGGAGUGGCUCUUCUUCACUGGGGGGAUGACAAAAAGAAAGGCACACACAACCUUUGCACACAAAAGCAGAAGGAAGUUAACAAGGCAAGAUGCCUUUUCAAUUCAGCAUUUUGAACUUGAGAUACCCCUCCUUCUCAGGGGGGUCGCAUGGUUUUAGUGGGCUUGUGAAAACAAUGCCAUGACUGAAUACCUGUUUUGCAGAGCUCAGCUGUCGGGUCUGCUGCUUAGCCUAUGCUGCUUAAACUAAGUCUGGAUUGGGAAGAGAACAACAAAAACACAACAACUAAAAACAAUUAACUAUUGGGGUCAAUUCAACAAAUUCUCAAUUAUCUAUAACUUCUCUGGCUAAAACAGAUGCAGGAAAUGUGCAAUUUUUUUCUUCUUCGCUUAUUUGUAUUUAUAAUGUACCGUUCCACUGCUGGUGGCAUCUUUUGACUUUGCCAAUUGAUUGUCUAAUUUAGACAAGAUUUCAAAAAAAUUUGGCAACAAUCCCCGAAAAUCCAUGGCCAUGAUGACCCUCCCCUUUCCUCCACCAGCGAGCGGGCCUGCAGUAUCUCCCCCAGUUUACAGACCGGCGCUGUCCAUGGUGCUGAAUCAUUCCCCGGCUUCCUUUUGUCUGCCUGCCCCCGCACGUGUGUGUUUGUGUGAGGACAAAUGAAAAGAAAGCAAGAGAGAGAGGGAGGGAGAGAGAGCAGCUGCGUGACAAUUUGCAUGCAUGUGUAUUCACCCUUACUUCUCCCGCUGCCCCCCCUUCCCAUUACCACCAUGUAACCAUGCGCAGCUUGACCUUGGGGACUAACAUCUCAGCAGAUCUUUGACAAAACACUCAUCGUCGUCAUCGCCAUCGUUGUCGUCCCCUCCCUGCGUUUCUGUCCAGUCGCCCUGCUCCCCCCUCAACUCCCCCGCUUCGCUGUCAAAUCACAACGCGUGUUGUUGGGGGGGCUUUUGGGGUAACUACGUGUCUCUUCUGUGGAGUAUUACUGUGCCACAGACCACUGAUGAUUUGUCAUAAUUUUCAAACGAUGUGUUUCAAAGUUACAUUUAUAUGCUUUGCGAUAUUUGACCUGCUUCUAUUUUGUUAAAUAAAGUGUGGUUGAGGUUGAGUAAAACAACAA